AAAAUAGCAUGUGGAUGUUUUUAGCUGAUCACACGUGUUACCAGCCGUAGCUAGACACCAAGCCUGUGGUUUUGUGCUUCUGUAAUCGUAAAUAUGUCAAAGACAGACGCUACAAAGCGUAGAAAAAGACAAAGCAAAGUUGUCAUCAGUGAGGUUGGAGAAGAAGAGGACACCACCACCACUAAAAUAGUUGGGACAGAGAGCAAAGAUGUGGAGAUGGAGGAAGCAGGAGAUAACGAAGAUUCCCAGAAGGACAUGGUCAUCGAGGUGAAAGGAAGCACAACUACAGUAACUGUGGCAUGGGAGGAGAAGAAUGAGGAACAACAGGGUGAUGAAAGGAGAACAAAUACCAGUGAGCAGAUGACUGAUGCAGUAAAAGGGAAACGGAAAGCAGAAUCCACAGCAGAGACGUCCCCCUCAAAGAAAACUAAACUCAUCAAUGACGGUUUUUGUCUUUUUGUUGGCAAUCUGAACCACUCCAAAAAGAUGGAAGAAAUCAAAAUUUCAUUAGCAAAUUACUUCAACAAACAAAGUCUCCUGUUUCAAGACAUCAAAUUAGCCCGCUCCAAAAAACAUGCCUUUGUGGAUUUGGCCUCAGAGAUGGACUUGACUAAAGCCUUGACAUUGGAUGGAGAGAUGAUUCUUGAUAAGCCGAUGAGGAUCGCCAAAGCAAAGGUUAAAAGCGAGGACGUGGUGAAGGUGAAAAAGGAAAAGGAGAAAAAAAGUAAAAAAGCGAUCAAAAAUGCUAAAUGUGUGUUUCUGAAGAACGUCCCGUACACUGCAACAGAGAAAGACAUCCUUAAAGUUUUCCCAACAGCGAUCGCUGUCAGGUUUCCUGGUGGGACCGAGGGACCAACCAAAGGUAUUGCCUUUUUGGAGUUUCAAAAUAAAACCAUUGCUAAUCAAGUGAGAGAGCGCAAACAAGGGGCCAAGAUCCAAGACCGGGUUUUGAUUGUGGAGCAUGUAGGAAAAGCAGAUACGUCUAAAGUCGACAAAGCUGCUGAUGAAGACAACAACACAAAAGCUGCAGCUCCUCCAAACAACACACUAUUUGUGAGCAACCUGUCCCCUACCGUGAAUGAAAAAGGCCUCAAGAAAGUCUUUCAGGCAGCUGUCACUAUCACUAUACCUCAAAAGGAGGGCAAAUCCAGAGGAUUCGCCUUUGUUGAGUUUACAACCGUGGACGACGCUGAAAAAGCCCUGCAGUCAUCCCAAAGCGUUAAGAUCAAAAAAAGGGCGGUCAAAAUACAGUUCUGUGAGGCCAAAGAAAAGAAGCAGGCAACAAAAGUCCUGUUAAAGACACUGAUUGUGAUGGGCAUCGCUAAGGAGACAACGGCAGAGACUCUUAAAAGUGCCUUUGAUGGAGCUCUCAGCGCAAGAGUCGCUGUAGAUAAAGAGACAGGAGUUUCAAAAGGAUUUGGUUUUGUGGAGUUUGAGAGUGAAGACAACUGUAAAGCCACCAAAGAAGCCAUGGAGGACUGUGAGAUAGACGGAAGCAAAGUAAAGGUGGCUUACGCCAGACACAAGGAACGUGAACCAGGCCACCCAGUAGCCAGCGAAGGCUCAGCAGGGCGUCCUGGUGGACAGCCUGCAGAGCAGCCUGCAGGUGGAGGCAAAGGUGGAAAAGGCAAAAAAGGCAAAAAAGGAGGAAAAGGAGCUGGCAAGUCUAAGGAUGGUGUUAAAGAAGUGAAAAAUAAAGGCUAACUUGUCUCUAACUUGAAAAGCUGUCAUAUAUGGAGAUUUUUUUUUUUUUUAACCUGAAAACAUGUAGAGCUCUUCAGUUUUUAAGAGUUUGAAUGUACAGGUUGUGAAAAUGUGUUGAUUAUUUCUAUGAGUUGUCCAUCCUGUAAUUCUAGCUUGUAUUUCUUUUGUACUUUAACCCAUUCAUUUCAUAAGUGUAUGAAAAUAAUACUUGGCUUCAUGCAUUUUUGUAAUAAUGAAAGGUUGG